CCCCGCUGGAGAAAGGUUCCCCGAGGGCCGGGGAGCGCGCGCGGACUACGACUCCCGGCAUGCUCCGCGGCCCGCCGCAGUUAACCCUUCAGGGCCCGGAGCAGCCCUGCGUUUCGCCCCCGCCCCUUCCUCGCACCCGGCAAGGGCCUAACUGGAAUGACCAGUCUCACAGAAUGCUACCUAAAUCUUCUUUCUCCAAGAAUAGAGUGGCCACAACCUCCUCCUAGCUCCCAAACACCUCUUCCCUUUGCCACAGCUUCCAGCAAGAGAUGGGUGCCCCCAUCGGCACACUGUCCUUUGGCCACCCGACAUCAUGCCUCCCAAGAAAGAUGUUCCUGUGAAGAAACCAGCAGGGCCCUCCAUCUCUAAGCCUGCUGCCAAGCCUACAGCAGCGACCCCUCUAGCCAAGACCAAGGCUGAGCCAGCUGCCCCCCAGACCCCUGCAAAAACCCAGGAGCCCCCUGUUGACCUCUCCAAAGUGGUGAUCGAGUUUAACAAGGACCAGCUGGAGGAGUUCAAAGAGGCCUUUGAGCUGUUUGACCGUGUGGGUGAUGGCAAGAUCCUGUACAGCCAGUGUGGGGACCUGAUGAGAGCACUGGGCCAGAACCCUACCAACGCCGAGGUGCUCAAGGUCCUGGGGAACCCCAAGAGCGAUGAGCUGAAGUCCCGACGUGUGGACUUCGAGACGUUCCUGCCCAUGCUCCAAGCAGUGGCCAAGAACCGGGACCAAGGCACAUAUGAGGACUACCUAGAGGGGCUUCGCGUGUUCGACAAAGAGGGCAACGGCAAAGUCAUGGGUGCAGAGCUCAGACAUGUUCUUACCACUCUCGGAGAGAAGAUGACCGAGGAAGAAGUGGAGACUGUCCUGGCUGGCCACGAGGACAGCAACGGCUGCAUCAACUAUGAGGCCUUCCUGAAGCACAUCCUGAGCCUCUGAGCUCCUGCGAGGCCAGGCUCCUCCGUGCGUCCGAGCGCCAGCGCCCUCGGGGCGGGACAGACCCGCACGGUCCCACGCCCACCCCACCUCCCGGCGGCCCGGGGCGCAUUCCUGCCGCUAGGCGGCACUUGGAGAUUUGAAAUAAAAACACGGCUCCUGC